UCUGUUAAUUGUUGUUCUUGCAUUAUAUGUCAAUUUUGUGUUAUAAUAAUCUCAUUCAUAUUUGUGACUACCAACUGUUAGAAUGAAUGCCCAAGUGAGUUUUAUUAUGAAUUUCAUACGGGCCUGUUUCAAUCCAUGCAUCACAUGAGUGUUUAUGGUGACAGUGCAGGAAAGCGUUGCAAGAUGGAGAAAACAGCAAGAAAAGGAAGGAAAAAAGUGCGCGUGUUGAACCAUCGGGAACCAGGAAGGCGCAGCAGCAGCAGAGCCGGUUUAAGUCAUUAAGGGAAGACGAGCUGCAGGGCCCGCCGUCACGCACCAGGGCUAGCCUCAAGAGAAGGCACUAUGAACCUUCAUCAACCAAGCUCAAGGUGGAAAAGAAAGUCAAUCAAGAAGAUCAAUCUAUAAAGGGUGAGACUGAUGCAAUCACGGAAGAACCAUUGGGAGCAUCGUCUAUCACUCAGCCGUUGCCUGAUAAACACACAUUAGAGCUCAUUAUCGACACGCUGCAAAGGAAGGAUAUAUAUGAGAUAUUUGCUGAACCAGUUGACCCUGAAGAGGUUGAGGAUUACUAUGAAAUCAUUGAGGAGCCAAUGGAUUUUGGGACCAUGAGAGCCAAACUUCAUGAAGGAUUGUAUACUUCCCUUGAACAAUUUGAGCAUGAUGUAUUUCUAAUAUCAGGGAACGCGAUGCAUUUCAACUCUUCGGGUACUAUUUUCUUCAGACAGGCUCAUGGAAUAGAUAAACUAGCCAAGAGAGUUUUCCAUGUCCUGAGAACAAAUCCAGAAAACUUCGAGUCGGAAUUCUCAGGAAGUAGGCGUAGAUCUUGCAGGAGAUCGCAGGAUGAAAUUCACGAGUUCAACAACAAUUUUUUCUUAAAAGAAAAGUCGAAAGCCGGUGGAGAUGGUAAAAGAUGUGAUCCCAUUGAAGUGGAUCGAAGAUCCACUUAUAAACCAGACUUGAAUCUCAACAAUGAUACUUGGUCAAAAUCUUUGAUCUAUUUAAACCAACAUGAUCACAGCUACAGUCAAAGCUUAAUGCAGUUCGUCAAAGACUUGGGCCCAACUGCUCAAAUGGUGGCUAAACGAAAACUCCAAAACAUAACGGUAAAUCCUCAACCAACAAUGCGUGAGUUAGGGAAACAAUCUCAACUCCCAACCGGCCAAAUGUGGUUUAAUUCUUCUCGAUCUAUUUCAACUAUGAAGCCGAUGAAUAGAGAUAAUGUAUUUGAGCGCGAUGAAAGCAGUAGACAUAGCAUGGUUAUGAGUUGUUCUAGUGGGCGUAUGGAUUCAGUCAUUACUUCAGCGUCGUCGUUGCCUGCAUGGCUUCGACAGGAGCCUUGUGCGUCAAGAUUUGCUGUUGUUUCAGGGUCUUUGAGGUCGAAUUUUGGGAGGAUAAAUGAGGGAAGGGAAUGUGAAGAAGGUAGUUGCAGUUAUAAUAAACCGUUUGAUCCUAGAGAUUUGACUCUUCAACUGUAA